AUGCCACGUAAGCUACGUAAGAAUAUACGUAAGAGGAAGAGAGCAUUGAAACAUCCAAUAGUAAAACUGACACCACAACAACAGUUGCAACAACAAAUGAUGAAUGACCCCACUAUGUUGCAACAAAUGUCAAGCAACCCUAUGCUUUUAAGCCGAGUUAUUGGUGCACAGAGUGGAGGUUUAAGAGCGGCACUUUUAGCGAAAAUGGCAGGCUAUGGUGGAGCUGCAGACGGAACAGCUUAUAACCCUCAAAGUCAAAUGAAUUUGAGUUCACUCAAAAAUCAAAUAACAGAUGUCAAAAAGUCAAACAUAGACAUACAGAAACAAAUAAGUGAAAACGAAAAGAAACUAGAAUAUGACAGACACACAAAGAAACUCAAUGA